CGUUGACUAGCCGUAACCACUGACGUCAUUUCAGAGCGACAGGCAACAAUGGGUCAAAGCCAGAGUGGAGGACACGGUCCAGGAGGAGGCAAGAAAGAUGACAAGGACAAGAAAAAGAAAUACGAGCCUCCAAUUCCCACCAGAGUUGGCAAGAAAAAGAAGAAGACUAAGGGACCAGAUGCUGCCAGCAAACUACCACUGGUCACCCCUCACACUCAGUGCCGUCUGAAGCUGCUAAAACAGGAGCGGAUCAAAGACUAUCUUCUGAUGGAGGAGGAAUUCAUCAGGAAUCAGGAGCAGAUGAAGCCUCUGGAAGAAAAACAGGAGGAGGAGAGGUCAAAGGUGGAUGACCUGCGGGGAACCCCUAUGUCUGUGGGCACUCUCGAGGAAAUUAUUGAUGACAACCAUGCCAUCGUUUCCACCUCAGUUGGAUCAGAGCACUAUGUCAGCAUUCUGUCGUUUGUAGAUAAAGAUCUGCUGGAGCCUGGCUGCUCUGUCCUGCUAAACCACAAGGUUCAUGCUGUGAUUGGGGUGCUGAUGGACGACACUGAUCCCUUGGUAACAGUCAUGAAGGUGGAGAAGGCCCCUCAAGAAACCUACGCUGACAUUGGAGGACUGGAUAAUCAGAUCCAGGAAAUCAAGGAGUCAGUGGAGUUGCCCCUCACACAUCCCGAGUAUUAUGAAGAGAUGGGCAUCAAGCCCCCAAAAGGUGUCAUCUUAUAUGGACCACCUGGUACAGGUAAAACGCUGCUUGCCAAGGCUGUAGCCAAUCAGACGUCAGCCACCUUCCUGCGUGUGGUGGGCUCAGAGUUGAUCCAGAAGUACCUGGGAGACGGGCCCAAGCUGGUGCGAGAGCUUUUCAGGGUGGCAGAGGAGCACGCGCCUUCUAUCGUCUUCAUCGAUGAGAUCGACGCCAUUGGCACAAAGAGAUAUGAUUCUAACUCUGGUGGUGAGAGGGAGAUCCAGAGGACCAUGCUGGAACUUCUCAACCAGCUGGAUGGCUUCGACUCACGAGGAGAUGUCAAAGUUAUCAUGGCCACCAAUCGGAUAGAAACCCUGGACCCCGCCCUCAUCAGGCCAGGGAGAAUCGACCGUAAGAUCGAGUUCCCUCUGCCAGACGAGAAGACCAAACGCAGGAUUUUCCAGAUCCACACCAGCCGCAUGACAGUCGCAGAUGAUGUCACCCUCGAUGACCUCAUCCUGGCGAAGGAUGACCUAUCAGGAGCAGACAUUAAGGCCAUCUGCACAGAAGCUGGCCUCAUGGCUUUGCGGGAGCGCCGCAUGAAAGUCACCAACGAAGACUUCAAGAAGUCCAAGGAAAAUGUCCUGUACAAGAAGCAGGAGGGCACACCAGAGGGGCUUUACCUCUAACCUUCAAACUUUUACAGAUCCAGCCCUCCCUCUCCUUUAUCUAUCGCUGUGUGAAAGAGACGAGGCAGCAGCUGAGUUGUCUGCCUCCCCAGAGAGUUUUGAUAUAUUUUGUGCAUGUAAUAUCCCACUUAUCCCACUCUCCUGUUACCGUUAUGUGUAAAGACAAUAAAUAAAAAGACAAAAAAGCAACAGA